GGCACACCCGCAGAAGAGUGCAACACUCCUUGUCGUCUGCCGCUUGAAUAAGCCCCGGAAAGCUCCAAAAAUGCAAGAGAACACAGGGGGAAGAACUGCUUUCACCUUUACCCCCCUCCUCAAGCACCGCACGACCGAUGCAGCUCGGCGCAUCACCGCGCUCGCGCUUGAUACAGGCGCGGGGCGCAUCUUUCUGGGCCUGGCGAGCGGCCAUGUGGAGGAGCACCAGAUCAGUCUCAAACAGCCGCACGUCAGCGACUCGGGCAGCUACCAGGGCGCAUCCGCGGGCGGGGGUGCAGGCGCCCCGGCCCUCGGAUCCUCCACCUCGUCUUCCUACACCCGCCUUGUGGCAGAGAAGCGCGUGUCAAAGCAGCCGGUCAAAACCCUGGCCUGUAUGCCCACCGCCGCCCGCCUCGCCAUCCUCUGCGAGGACGGCACCGCCUCCGUGGCCGCGUACGACACGUGGGCCCUCACGCCCCUCUCGGGCGUGCGCUCCGCAACUGCCAUGGCCGCGGACCCAGGGCCCGCCGCGGCUGCGGCGGCCGCGGCCGCCGCUGCCACCGCCAGCUCCGCCGCCGCCUCUCGGCAGCGCCUGGUUACAGCUGCCACCGCCGGCAAGCCCGCGCCGCUGCCGGUGACGCCGGCGACGGCGGGGCCGCCCCCGCCGCGGCCCACACGCCUGGCGGUGGCGGUGAAGAGCAUCACGUCUCCCGCCACGCUGCUUGUGUACUCGGUGGCGCCGUCGGUGGGCGAGUUCGCGCCGGCGGACAAGCAGGCCGUGACGUUGCUGGCGCAGGUGACGUUGACCGAGGUGGCCAGCGCUGUGGUGUGGGUGGGCAGCAGCCUGUUCCUGCAGACCGCCACCAGCUACAGCCUGCUGCAGCCGGGCGGCCGCUACAGCCUCAUCGCAGACCACAACUGCCGCCGACCGCGCAUGGCGGCCGCGCCUUGGGGCGCAGGGCCCGGCAGUAGCACCGCCGGCCCCGGCAGUGGCGGGGCUGCGACUACAGCCACGUCUUCCGCGUCGGCUGCGGCGGCUGCAGCGGCGGCGGCGCAGGGGGCGCUGCUGUUUGCGGACUCGCUGUUGCUGCUGACGGAAGGGUCGGGCGUGGCGGUGCCAGGGAGCGAGCCCAUUUUGCUCGGCGGCGGAGGCGGCGGCGGCGGGGCUGGCGGUGCCGGCAGCCCUGGAGGAGGAGGAGGAGGAGGGGGAGCAGGAGGUGGUGGUGCGGAGGCGCCGCUGGCACUGGCCACCAGCGGGCCCUUCCUUGUGGCAGUCACGGACGGGGAGGGGGUGGUGGUGUACGACAGGGCCAGCUCGCAGCCGGUGCAGCGCAUCUUCUGGGCGCACGACGACCCCUGGGUGGCGGCGGCGGGGCAGCUGCCGGCGGCGGAGGACGCGGCGGGCGGCGGCGCCGUGGCUCUGGCCACGAGUGCCGCCGUGCUGGUGCUGCAGCCCGUGGCGGCGGACGUGCAGGCUCGCGAGCUGCUCAAACGCAAGCGCUUUGACGCGGCCCUGGCGCUCAUACGCGCCUGCCGCCGCGCGGGGGAGGACUGGGCGGACGGCGCACUGGCACAGGCGGGGCUGCUCAUGAUGCAGGAGCUGCGUUGUGAGGACGCGCUGUCCGCGCUGGAGGAGGUGGGGCCGGCCGCCUUCCAGCCCGCACAGCUCAUGCCGCUGUUUCCACAGGUGUGUGGGCGCUGGCUGGCGGCUGCGCCUGUGCGGCACUACUGGGGACUGCACGGCCACCUGCACAGCCUGGACCGGCUGUGUGAGGACUUCUUGGAGCUGCGGGACUCCACCGGCUCCAGCCCGCAGCUCGCCCCCUCGCCCAUCGCGCCCUCGCCGCCCGCCUCCCUGCACCGCGGCGCCGCGCCCGCAGCACACCACCACAGCGGCCCCCACCAGCAGGCACAGCAGGGGGCGCUGGCGGCGGCGGCGGCGGCCGCGCAGGCGGCGGCUGCGUCGGCGGCGGGCAGCGAGGGCGGGGUCACGGGCGCGGGUGCAGCACUGGCGGCACUGGCGACAGACGCCAAGCGCCACAUUGCUGCAUACCUAAUGCGGGCCCGGCGGCUGCCAGGUGUGGUGCUGCUGGAGGGCGUGGACGCCCUGCUGGCACACCUGCUCAUCGACACCGGCCACACAGCCGCACUGGAGGCAUUCCUCAGCAGCGCAGCUACAGCCGCCACGACCUCGCCCGCGGCUGCAAGCGCGGCUGCAAGUACGGCUGGGUCCGGGAGUACUGGUGCUAGUGGCACAGUCACUGGUGGCGUGGGGGCGGCAGGCAGAGCGGCGGCGGCAGUCCGGCCGUCGGCGGCAGCGGCAGCAGCAGCGGCAGUAGCCUGGGAAGCGGAUAUGGCUGCGGAGGCGGCGGCGGCGCCGCCGCCAGCGCACGUGUCGGCGCGGGAUGCGGUUCUCGUGGCGGCCCUGGAGGGGGCGGGACGCUGGCACGCGCUGGCGCUGCUGCGGGCGGCACGGGGUGCGGCAGCGCAGGCGUUGGAGCUGUGGCAGCGGCUGUCGCUGGGGGAGGUGUCGGAGUCUCGCAGCACGUCCGGAGCGGUGGCGACAGCCGCCGCGGCAAUGACGGCUACAGCGGCACAGGAGGCAAGGGAGCCAGCCCCGCUGGUCGCGCCAGCCGCAGUCGGGGCUGACGGCGGCAGUCCGGGCGGUGGCGACGGCAAUGGAGGGCACUGGUCGGCGGCGGCGGCGGCAGUGGCCGCGGCGUCAGCGGCGGCGCUGAUGGCGGCUCCCGAGCGCACGCCGCCGCUACUGUGCCUGUCCAAGCUUCCUUGGCUGCUGUCGGCAGCGCCAGACUGGGCGCUGCACGUGCUCCGCAGCCGGCCGCUGCCGGUGGCCGAGGUGCUGGCGCUGCUGCAGGGCCGGGCCGAUGGCGUGCGCUGGCAGUACCUACACCACCUCGUCUACACCCCGCCGCCGCCACCACCCCAGCAGCAGCAGCAGCAGCAGCAGUCGCUACAGCCGGUGAGGAGGGCGCCUUCCGGCGGCAGCGUGGGCUCCGGUGUGCUCGUGGAGGUUUCCGACGCCGGCGGCGGCGAUGAGGAUGAGACGGCUACAGUUGGGGACGGCGAGGGCGGUGCUACUGCUGCGGCGUCAGCGGGCGCUGGCGAGCGGGAUGCGGCGCCGCCGGCCUGGCACCUGGAUCCCUCCCUCCACACGGAGCUGGCCCUGGAGCUGGUGGAAUGCAUUGCGGCACUGCUACAGCUGCUACAGCCCCCGCCCCUGCUACAGCAGCACCAGCAGCAGGCGUGCGCUUUGGCUGUAGCAGCAUCCGGUGCAGCUGGGGCUGGGGCUGGCGGCGGCAGUACCAGUCCCUUUCAGCGGGCGGCGGCCCAGGACGUGGCGGCGGCGGCGCUGAGUGCCUGGCAGCAGCAGCCGGAGCUGGCGCCGCCCCUGCCGCCGCUGCCUGGUGGGCGCGUGCCGGCGGCUGGCGGCGGGCACAGCGGUGACGUGGCGGCGGCGGCGGCGGCGGCUCGGUCACCUGUGCGCGGACAUGCACAUGCACAUGGGCAUCACGCAGCAGCUCACCUGCACGCGCAAGCGCAUGGGCACAGCCCGCACACCGCCCACACGCCGGGCCGCCCACGCGGCGUCGACACGCCGGCAGCCGCCGCCGCCGCUGGUGCCCUCCCGACACUGGGCAGUGGGCGCCUGUCCGGCGGCGCCGCGGGCGCGGCGGCGGGAGGCAGUAGCAAUAACAACCCCAGCGCUGUCAGCGGCACCAGCGGCAGUGGCAGCACACCGGCAACGUCGGAGCUGGCGUGGCUCGCGACCAUUGGCGCAAUCCCCGCACCGGCGGCGGCGCGGCAGCUGGCGUUAGCUAUCCGCGCUGCCGUCAUCGCCGCCGGCGGCUGUUCAGACCCUCCUCCGGUGCCCACGGCUUCCGCCGCGUCGGCUGUAGCCACGGCUAACCGUGGAGUUGGCAAUGGCAGUGGCAGUAGCAGCGGCGGCAACAGCCUGGCGCUGCUGCGGGCGCUGUCGGCAGGCGGGGAUGGCCGGGGAAUCGGGGGCGUGCCGGGUCUGCGUGCCGUACUGCAGCACCACCUGUACGAAAGCGGAAUGUACGACGCCGACUUGGUGCUGCAGGCGGUCCGUAGCGCCGCAGCCCCCGAGCCGAGUGCUCGGGCUGCCCCCCGUGCCCCUGCCGGGGUGUGCUCGGCUGCGGCGCUGCUGCAGCGCGAGUGCGUGCAGCUGGCGGCGCGGCUGGGCGACCAGGGCUCGGCGCUGGCGGGGCUGGCGCUGGGGCUGCGGGACGUGGACGCCGCCAUCUGCUACUGCCGGGCCAGGUGUGGCGAGGAGGGCUGGUUCACACUGCUGGACCUGCUGCUCAGGCCGCCCCCCGGCUCGCCCGCCCGCCAGCCCGACUACGCCGCCGCCUGCCGCGUGCUGGCGGCUGAGGGCGCCGCCCUGGCGCCGCUGCGUGUGCUGGCGGCCCUGGGCGACGACAUGCCGCUGCACCUGGCCGCCGACACCCUGGCGCGCAUGGUGGGCUCGGUGCAGCACCGGCGGCGGCAGGGGCAGGUGUUGCGGGCGCUGCACCGGGCUCAGAACCUGGCGCUGCGAGCGGAGCUGGCACACCUGCAGACGGCCCGGGUGGUGGUGGCUGAGGAGACGGUGUGUCGGGGCUGUCAGCGGCCGCUGGGGGCCAAGGUGUUUUACCGCUUCCCCACGGGCGUGGUCAUGUGCGCCAGGUGUGCGCGCCCCGGUGGCGACAUACAGCCGGCGCCCUCAACCGCCCCGCGGCAGCAGCAGCACCAAUAGCAGUAGCUCUAGCUGGAGCAGCAGAAACUACAUAAGUAGCAGCUGGGCUCUUGGGCAAGGCUGUUGGCGUUCGGCCAGCUGCAGAAGUGCAGACACAGCCGGCCUGGUGCUGGCUGCUGCUUCCCGUGCAGGGCCAAGAUGGUGGCAACGUCGACAUAUUCAUUUUAAUGUGACGACUGCAGAGUUUGAGGUUGUACAACAUAGGCAAGCCGUGCGUGAAGGCAAAACCAAUAGCGUACAUGUGUUGAGGAUUGGCAUCUAGCUUGUGUCGCGAGAUAGGGUUCGAAGCUCUGAUGUUGGCGUGGAGACUCUUUCAAGGGUCAAUACCGACAGAUUGAGAUAUUGCAGGCCAAGAGGCACAGGUGCGCGGCAGGCAAGUACAAUUGUACAAUGAACACCGGUGCCCAGGUAUGGUACGGUAUGGUAUGAUGCAAGGCGUUGAUGAGGCGAGUGAGGACGAACGGAGUUGGUAACGGGGUUGCUCUGUUGCUGGCUUACUGCUUUCGGGAGAGAGUGCCGGGCUGUGGUCGGGGCUCUGGUAGCGAAUGCGUGCCGCCACGCUUGCCGGGCCGCUGUUGAUCCAGACUCCUGGCGCGUGCAGCUCUCGGGUGCGUCGACUCGGGUACAGUUUGCAACCUUGUAAUGGAUUGCUCUC